UGGGGUUGACCGCUGCGGCGAGAUCGGCGUUCACGUUGUAUCCGUCGAGCGCGAGCUUGAUGGCCGGCUCGAAGAGGGACUUCCACGGCAGCUUCCCGUGCGCCUUGUGCAGCGCCUCCCAGCCGCGCAGCUCUCCGGGCACGCCGGCGGACAGCCCGCCGUACAGCUGCGAGGUGGCGUUCGCGAGGUACAUCGUCUCGUUCCCUGCCGCGGGCAUCGUUUCGCGGAAGUCGAUCUGGGCACGGUCAUGUCUGAUUGACAAAGGCGUGCACGAGGGGGACACACCAUUUCGUAGCCCGGCCCGUCCUUCUUUUGGGAGCGGAUUCUGGGCAACAGCAUUUCAGAACAUCGGGCGAGUCGAUUCGACAGUGGAGAGAACGCACAUCAUGAAGCCACCGCCGCCGAUACCCGAAUGGUACGCGGCGAUCGUCCCGACACACAGAGACGUCGCGAUCAUCUGGUCGGAGCAAUUUCCCAAUCAGCCCCUCACACGCACGCGCCGAAACACGAUGACGACUCACGGCGUCAGCGGCAGUGCCGCCCUUCUUGAGCAUGCUGAGACCGAUGUCCGAGCACUCGGCAACCUCGGACACGACGGCGCCGUGCUUGCCCUGGGCCUGGUAGUUGGUCACCGCGUCGGCCGCAGCGAGCAGAUUCAGCACGGCCAGCAGCACUCGACGGUCGAACAUCAUCGCGGUAUUCCGGAAGCGGGCGGUGUUGGAGCGUGUCCGUGGGGAAUAACAUGUCGUGCUUGGGAAUCGUUAUGAGGAGUUCCAGGAAGUCGGACGCGUGACAUAUUCGUGACGUCGCGCGUCUUCUUUUGAUCGGUCGAUAGAGCGGGCGCGUGGACCUUAUCAGCGUUAUCGGUCCCAGGGUUCUGGCAGGCCCACGGACACAUAGGGUGAACAUCCUCCGAAAUAAAGUAAAUCUGGCCGAAAUUUUUGACUUAACCCUCCGGGAAAUAGCGUAAAAGUGCUUCAAAAAUGGCAGCAAGCCUCCGGAGAUAGCGUAAAACUUGGCUAGAUCCCUGCCGAUCUUGAAAGAUUUGAGCCCUGCACCAGCGUAAAAUCGGGUAGAACCCGGCCUGAUCUGGGCAUUUCUGACUUGAAUUUAGACAUCUGGGCUCAUGUAGUCUUUUCAGUCGUCAGCAAGACUAAUUUUAGCUGGAAAUGUACUGAAUUUGUAAGUCUACGGAGAAUCUAAC